CCUUAUAUAUGGAUGCACAAAUAUGACAAGCUUACCUCAUUCCGCUCAAGUCUUCUUUUCUCUAUUCUUCUUUGAAAUGGAUUUCCUUCUUCCGAAUUUUAACACCGUCGUAACCGUGAUCUUUGCCUUACUUCUGUUUGUCUACUAUCAAGUGAAACAAUUUAAACCUGCCACAAAACUAUCACCCCAACCAAUGGGCGCAUGGCCUAUAAUCGGUCACUUGCCUUUAUUGUCAGGAUCACAUCUUCCUCACUUAACAUUGGCUACUCUAGCAGAUAAGUAUGGUCCAAUCUUCACCUUACGGAUUGGGAUACAUUCUGUUCUGGUAGUGAGUAGUUCAGAGGUAACUAAGGAAUUAUUCAGUGCCAAUGACUUGAAUGUAACCUUCCGUCCGUUACUGGUAUCAGCAAAACUGAUGGGCUACAACUAUGCCUUCUUUCCUUUCACUCCUGGCGGUCCAUAUUGGCGCGAGACGCGCAAGAUAUCCAAUUUACAUCUGCUCUCUAAUCGGCGCCUUGAGCUCCUCAAGCAUAUCAGAACGCAAGAAGUUGAAACUUCCAUAAAGGAAUUGUACCAAUCUUGGAAGGAUAAUACGAAAAUUAUUGAGAUGAAGGAAUGGUUUUCGGACUUAAGCAUGAAUUCCCUUCUUAGGAUGAUUAUAGGUAAGAAAUUCUUUGGUGCUGGUGCGACUGGUGAUCAGACAGAAGGACGGCGAUUCCAAAAUGGGAUAACAGUGCUUUUUCAUUAUUUGGGGACUCUUGUUUUGAGGGACGCUGUUCCAUUUCUCGGAUGGAUGGAUGUGGGUGGACACGAUAAGAGAAUGAAGAGAACUGCUAAAGAAUUAGACGAUAGUCUUGAGAAAUGGCUGGAAGAGCAUAAGCAGAAGAUUAACUUGGGCGAUAUAGAGAAUGAUAAAGACUUUAUGGACUCGAUGAUUUCAGUCCUUGACGGAAAAAAUAUUGAAGGUUAUGAUGCUAACACAAUCAACAAAGCCACAUGCUUGAGUAUGAUUGCGGGCAAUGAGACAGUUACAGUUGCCAUAACAUGGGCACUAUCUCUACUGCUAACCAACAAGCAUGCAUUGAAAAAGGCUCAAGAAGAGUUGGACAAAUAUGUUGGGAAAGAAAGACUAGUGAAUGAUGCAGACAUAAGCAAGCUUGUAUAUCUCCAGGCCAUAGUCAAAGAAACUUUAAGGCUAUAUCCACCAGCAAUUAUCCCAGGACCCCGUCAAUUCACUAAGGAUUGCACCAUAGGUGGCUAUCAUGUAGCAAAAGGCACUUGGUUGAUGAUGAAUCUUUGGAAGAUACAUAGAGACCCUAAUGUAUGGCCAGAACCUGCGGACUUCAAGCCAGAAAGAUUUCUAACAACUCAUAAGGACAUUGACGUUAGGGGGAAUAAUUUUGAGUUGCUUCCUUUUGGAGGUGGCAGAAGAGCAUGUCCUGCAGUAUCUUUUGGCCUCCAAAUGAUGCAUUUAACAUUGGCCAGUUUAUUGCAUGCUUUUGAAAUCUCAACUCCGAACAAUGCAUUGCUUGAUAUGUCUCCUGGCAUUGGGCUAACAAAUAAGAAAACUACCCCUCUGGAAGUUCUCAUCUCGCCACGCUUGCCUUCGUAUUGUUUUGAGUAAUGGGAAUUUAGUCGAGAGGAUUGCAGGAGCAAUGGCUCUUGCCACCUAUCACUCUUCCAUAAAUAUGCAUGUAUACGAUGUCAGCUCUCCUAUGUGAUGAUAAGUUAGUGGUUGUUGUUCGUUUUA